CCGUCACCGUGCUCCCUCACCCUCCCCCAUGUUGCCCACGCUUUAGCGACCUCGUGCUGAAGCGCCGACAUCACUGCCCACAUCUUCUUCCCUUCUGCGCAGAUUUGCAUCGUUCGGACAAGCUCCCAGCGCUCGCCCGGCUCGCUACCACAGCUUCCAGCUCCUUCGCAGACGCACCACUCCCCACAGCCGCCCGAUUGCCCCUACAACACACCAUGGCUCGCAAUCGCAGCCCAUCGCCCGCGAUGGCCUUAGAUCACGCCGGCUCGCCGCAGCCUGCGGUAUCGAAGCGCGACAAGCGGCGCAACAUGCUAGCCGACAAGCUCUCCGAGAUGAUGGCAUCCUUCUCCGACAACAGGGACAGCCACUACCGCGCCCAGCUGGCUGCGCUGCAAGCAGACAUCAAUCUCAUCCUAAAGGCCGACCCUUACACAAACAAGCCGCUCGAGGAUGCGGGCGAGGAGGCGUCUGAGCUCAUUACGUCCAUUAUGGGCAACACUGCGCUCACCGCACCAAGUGCAGGCACCGACUAUGUUGCGCAGUGCGGAAAAUACUACGGGCGCUUCGUGGACAGCGUCAAUGAUGCUAUAGAGGACCGCGACCGCGAUCUCACCAUGCUCUUCAACAAGCACCAGAACACCAAGAACGAGAUCGAGAACGCACACUUCUACAAGGUGCAGAUCGCUGAAGAAGAACACAAGCUGCUCGCUGCCACCAUCCGCGAGCGCCUUAUGGCCACGAUACAGACACGCACCAUGCGUCUGAAGCGCGAGAAGGAGCAACUGGACCUUUCGGAUAGUAACGCCAUGCUGCUGCACCCCAAUCAGUUCAGCAUUGGUCACCCCGCCAGCCCAGGCGGACCCCAGGCGCCGCGCAAGACGCGCAGGACAGGCCACAAGUUUGGCGACGCAGAGGAUAUCGCACAGGAGAACAAGCGCAAGCGGAAGCUCUUCGAGGCCGACGACAACGACUCGCCGGGUCCCUCCGGCCGCAAUGUCGAAUUCGGCGCCGCGUCGCCCUUCCGCGAAGCCAAAGCCCGCACCAUGCACACGCAGUUCGAGGCCUCGGCCUACUCCCUCGAGCGCCUCUUCACCGAGAAGGAGCUCAACAUGGCCAUGAACCAAGCCACGACCGCCGCCUCCAACUUCUUCGCCAAGAUGAAGACGCCGGAUAACACGGAGCCCACUACCAACGGUACAAACGGCGCCACCACCAACGGCGACCGUACCCUCGACACCGGCGACGACGCCCCCGACGAGCAAGACUCCGACGACAUACCCGGCGCCGUCGAUAUGGGCCGCCAGGUCUCGUCGAACCCGCACGCGACCCGCGGCGCCACACGCUCGCACCCCAACUUCAACCUCGCGACCGGCACCAUCCCCACGCUGUACACGCCGCCCUUCAUCCUCGACGCCAAAAUCUUCCAGAAACCCAAUGCGUCAGCCCCUGCGCCCCCGCCCCUCGCCCCCGCAGACGUGGAGCAGGAUCUCAAGCUCAUGCUGCGCGAUGCUCGUCCCGACGACGAGCUCAACGAGAAGUUGCUCCAGGCGGCGGUCCAUCCCGUGCGCGCGAGGGAGUACGCGAUACAGCCGCCGGAAUACCGCGAGCCGGCCAACGAGACGACGAGUCUGGUCAGGACACUGGUGCCGCAUUUGGAAGUCGGGAAUGGGCCUGUGCUUGGCGGUGUCCCGAUGAGCGCGCAGAGCAGCAUGGGCGGAUACAGCGAUGUAGGCGGGAACACGCCAAUGGGACGCUACGGCGAGGGCAGUCUAGCCGCUGCGCUGGGGGGCGUGAGCAUGGCUAGGACAGCGAGUGGAAGUGGGCGAAGGGGCGGGCGGAGAGGUGGAUAGACGCGCUCCAACAGUCCGUCCAUUCGCUCCGUCUCUUCUCUACUCUACUAUGCUGCCCAGGUGCCGCCUUCUUCUCGCGUUAUAUACCCUCCGACUGGCGUCCUUCUUGUGCUUCGGCGUUUCGGAUUUCAUAUAUGUUGGCAUGGCCACACAGUGGUGGCCAGGCGCCUCUUGGUUUAGUUCAUGCAUUGGGGAUAUAGCAUUUGUGGGCGUUUGCAUUUCCAUCCGUCAGUCACUUGGUCAUGACGUCUCUGAAUACAAAGUGUG